AUGUCUUGGCUCGGUGUUACCCCUCUCAAGAAGUUCCCGGCGCCAGUUCUCCGGCCUUAUGCACCCUUCUUCGCCGCUGGCCUAAUCAUCGCUUACGGUGUCAACUCGCUGCAAAAUGCCAUGAUGAAGUCCGACGAGUGGAAGAACGACCCUCGCAAUCCGAACGCAAAGUCUGGUGGACACUAG